CUUCCAGCUUGUAUCUUUUGAAAAAUAGAUCCACUGGGGGAGCCACCCCACCACAUUCCGGCCGUGACAGAUUUUCCUUCCCUCCCACCGAUUUGGUUCUGAUCAUCAUAUCUCCGACCACUGCUAUCCACGUCCUUUCUCCGGUCAGAUUGUCUUGCCGGAAAAGGAAAUGGAAUGGCUUCGGAAUUGGGUUUGCAAAAAGGGGCCGUCAGGAUUUGGUGCUUGUUCUACUGCGGAGCAAGUUACAGAGGGAAUCGAUGCUUUCAACAUCACCGCCAUUGUCACAGUGGGAUCGGCAUGGAGACUGCGAGAGUUCUUUCACUGAGGGGAGCGACUGUGAUCAUCCCUGCAAGGAGCAAGGAGAGUGGGGAGAAGGUGAAGGAGAAGAUUGUGGAGCAAGUGGCGGAUGCCAAGAUCGAAGUGAUGGAGCUGGACCUCAGCUCCCUCGCCUCCGUCAGAUCAUUCGCCGCUGCUUUCCUCUCCUCAAACAAACCCCUCAACCUUCUCAUAAACAAUGCAGGCAUUUUUGGAUGUCCCUUCCAGCUUUCUGAAGAUGGGGUAGAGCUACAAUUUGCGAUUAACUACAUUGGGCAUUUCUUGUUGACAAAUCUUUUGAUGGAGAAAAUGAAAGCCACUGCUCAAAAGAGCGGAAUUGAAGGAAGAAUUGUGAUUGUGGCAUCGGCAGGCCAUAGCAGAACCUACAAAUCUGGCAUUCGAUUUGAAAAGAUCAACGAUCCUUCAGGGUACGGGCGAUUUGAAGCUUACGGGCAGUCCAAACUCGCCGCCAUUCUUCAUGCAAGGGAACUUGCUCGACGCCUACAGGCAAAAGGAGCAAAGGUGACGGCGAACUCUCUGCAUCCGGGAGCCAUACCGACAAACAUAGCCCAAUACUACAUCAAAAAUAUGGCUCCUCUCGCACCUCUCAUCUUUAUAUCCAGUCCCUUCUUGAAGACUGUCCAGCAGGGAGCAGCAACGACCUGUUAUCUGGCUCUGCACCCAAAUAUGGAAGGCGUUUCCGGCAAGUACUUCAGUGAUUGCAACGAGGACCAGCCAUCAGCUUAUGGCAGGGACGCCGAUCUAGCGAAGGGGCUCUGGGAGUUCAGUGAAGAAAUGACAAGCACAAAGCUUCCACAGAAAUAGCUUCCAAUCUUACGAUCGCCUGAUCACUGGGCACGAAAGAGUUCUCCACAGAAUUGAAGCAAAUUAAUAAAUGGUGUACUUGCGCGACUUAUAUCAUCGUUCAUGACCUUGAUUUGUUGCCUUCUUUUCUUAAGUUAAGUGUGGGGGCGUCGUUGGAUUAACUAAACCAAUUCAACUAUAUCUCGGACUCAGACUCAUUUGGUAGAUGAGUUGAGUUGGAUCCUAUCUCUAGUUCUUCAA